CACCGGGUUACUAAAGGAAGUGGUUGCUGGCGUGGAUAGUAGAAGAACUAUCCCGCUGGGCUGGCUCCUCCCCCUUGUGGCGAGGCUCCUCCCCCUGACGUCAGAGGUCCUUUCUCAAACUCUGUUCUAGCAUCUACCGUCAGUUAUUGGGUGCUAAUGAGUGAUUUCCCAUCACGUGGUUAUUGCUGGCGGAAGUUAGGCGUCUAUGUGUGUUUCUCAUCUAUUUCCCUAAGAAGCAUGGCGUCGGAGCAUGUGGAUGUUCCACAGCCUGAGGAAAAAACGAAGAGUUUCCGAGGGUGUGACAGAUGUGUUGUGUGAAACAUGUGAACAGUUGGGAUGGAAGCAGCCAACCAAGAUUCAGAUUGAGGCAAUUCCUGUAGCUCUUCAAGGUCGGGACAUCAUUGGUCUGGCCGAGACUGGCUCAGGAAAAACAGGUGCCUUUGCAUUACCCAUCCUCCAGACGUUGCUGGAAAGCCCACAGCGACUUUAUGCCUUGGUUCUCACACCAACAAGAGAGUUGGCAUUCCAGAUAUCUGAACAAUUCGAAGCUCUUGGUUCCUCUAUUGGAGUUAAAAGUGUGGUUGUCGUUGGUGGAAUUGAUAUGAUGUCACAAGCCCUGGCACUCGCAAAAAAGCCUCAUGUCAUUAUUGCCACACCUGGGCGCCUUAUUGACCACCUGGAAAACACAAAGGGAUUUAAUCUUCGAGCCAUUAAGUACCUGGUAAUGGAUGAAGCUGACCGCAUACUUAACAUGGACUUUGAAACAGAGGUUGACAAAAUCCUUAAAGUCAUUCCUCGUGACCGGAAGACCUUUCUUUUCUCUGCUACAAUGACUAAAAAGGUGCAAAAACUGCAACGUGCAGCUCUGAGAGACCCUGUGAAGUGUGCAGUGUCUUCUAAGUAUCAGACUGUGGAGAAACUGCAGCAGUUUUAUGUUUUCAUCCCGUCCAAGUUCAAGGACAGUUAUCUUGUGUACAUCUUGAAUGAACUGGCAGGGAACACCUUCAUGAUCUUCUGCAGCACAUGUAACAACACACAUCGCAUGGCCCUGUUACUGCGUAGUCUGGGAUUCACAGCCAUUCCUCUUCAUGGCCAAAUGACUCAGAAUAAAAGGCUAGGGUCUCUGAAUAAAUUCAAGGCAAAAUCACGCUCCAUUCUCCUGGCCACUGAUGUUGCAAGUAGAGGGCUUGAUAUUCCGCAUGUGGAUGUUGUUAUAAACUUUGACAUCCCUACCCAUUCUAAGGAUUACAUACACAGAGUGGGGCGUACAGCUCGUGCUGGAAGAUCAGGAAAAGCAAUAACAUUUGUGACACAGUAUGAUGUGGAACUGUUUCAGAGGAUCGAGCACCUGAUUGGCAAGAAACUUCCAGCUUUCCCUACGCAAGAGGAGGAAGUAAUGAUGCUGAAUGAGAGAGUGGCUGAGGCACAGAGAUUUGCCCGCAUUGAAUUAAGAGAACAUGGAGAAAAGAAGAAAAAGCGUCCACGGGAGGAAGACGCAGAUGAUGCAGAGGGCUCUUCUGGAGUGAGGAAAAAAGUAACAGGAGGGAAGUUCAAAAAAAAGGUCCACUGAUGAUUUAACAACUGCAUUUAUGGCAUGGCUAUUUUAACGGAUUACAAUCUGGACUAUGUAUAGGCAGAGCAGCCUAAACAUCGAAUGUGUACAAUAAAGAACUUGUCUGUACAAUUUUCUUGAACACUGUAGUGGAACAACAUACUUGGAUCUUGCUAAAUGUAAGGACUUGUGCUUAACUCUGCUGUGCCUAACGAAGACACCCAUUAAAAACCUGUUAUUGCAGGACGCCCAAUUGCUGCUUUAAAGUGAAAAUAUCAGUUUGAAUUAAAGUUGAUCUGCUCUGUUGGAGAUCUCGUAUUUGUAGCUGUUUUAUUGGAAAUGGUCCAUUUCAAGGUAACUAAUGUUACAUAUCUACUGUCAAUUAUGUGAACAAUACUGCAUAACUUUCCAAUAGAUGGAAGAUGUAUAAAAUAAAACAUUAUAAGAUAAGAGGAAUUUAA